UGAGGGAGAAAGAGAGGAAACCCAGGCAGGAGGAGGAAGGGGACAUAAAGGGAGGAAGAAAAAGGGGGGCAGGAGGAAAAAGACAAGACAAGGGGACCCAGAUUAAGAAGGAAGAUGGCUGAACCGGAGCUGAAAUCACGGAGCAGCCGGGAGAGCGUUGCCAAGGCAGCAAGCCAGGAGAAGAUUGGAGCAGUUGAAGCAGACCCGGACCAAGAUGGUCUGAUUGUAGAGCAGCCAGCGUCUCCAUCAACCCUUAUGGUUCCUGCUCCCACUGCCACAAGCCCUACCACCGACACGCCUGCCAAAGGGGAGAAGAUCGUGCUCAAACGCAGCAUCACCCUCUUCAACGGCGUGGGAAUGAUCAUAGGCACCAUCAUAGGCUCUGGCAUUUUCGUCACUCCGACAGGCGUGGUCAAAGAGACCGGUUCAGCCGGGCUCUCCCUGAUCAUCUGGUCCGCCUGUGGAGUGAUCUCUACCAUGGGCGCCCUAUGCUAUGCUGAGCUUGGCACAACCAUCACCAAGUCGGGGGGAGACUACACCUACAUCCUGGAGGUGUACGGCGAGCUGGCAGCUUUCUUAAAGCUGUGGGUGGAGAUGCUGAUUAUCCGGCCGUCAUCACAGUACGUGGUGUCGCUGGUGUUUGCCACCUACCUUCUGAAACCUCUGUACCCAAACUGCGCCGUGCCUGACAGUGCAGCCAAACUCAUUGCCUGCAUGUGUCUAACUACCCUGACGUUUGUAAACUGCAUCAGUGUGAGAGCGGCCACCAAGGUGCAGGAUUUGUUCACAGCCUCCAAAUUACUAGCCCUUAUCAUCAUCAUCAUCUUUGGCUUCAUCCAGAUUUCCACAGGUGAUGUGCCGUACCUGACACCAGAGAAAGCAUUUGAAGGCAGCAAACUGGGAGUAGACAAUAUUGUCUUGGCUCUGUACAGUGGACUCUUUGCUUUUGGAGGCUGGAAUUACCUGAAUUAUGUGACCGAGGAGAUGAUCGAUCCAGAGAGGAACCUGCCCUUGUCUAUCAUCAUAUCCAUGCCUAUAGUAACGGUGGUGUACGUCUUGACCAACCUGGCCUACUUCACCACCAUCUCUCCUGAAGUCAUGGUCGAGUCAGAGGCUGUUGCUGUGAGUUUUGGGGAGUACCAUCUUGGUGUGAUGUCCUGGUUGAUUCCUGUCUUUGUGGGACUGUCCUGCUUCGGAGCUGUCAACGGAUCCCUGUUCACGUCAGCAAGGUUGUUUUAUGCUGGAGCUCGAGAGGGUCAACUCCCUGCUGCUCUAGGUUUGGUCCAUACAGACCUCUUCACACCAGUGCCAUCCCUCAUCUUCACAUGUUUGCUGUCCAUGAUGUACGCCCUCUCGCAGGACAUCUUCUCUGUCAUCAAUCUCUUCAGCUUCUUCACCUGGCUGUGUGUUGGUAUGGCCAUUGCUGGCAUGCUCUGGCUGCGCUUUACCAAGCCCGACCUAAGAAGGCCCAUUAAGGUGUAUCUGUUCAUCCCUGUGACCUUCGUUUUGGGCUGUGUCUUCAUGAUCGUUGUGUCCUUCUGGGCAGCUCCGUUUGAGUGCCUGGUAGGCAGCGGCAUUAUUCUCACAGGCAUCCCGGCGUACCUACUGGGCUACAAGUGGAAGAAACCUCAUGUGGUCAAGAAGAUGCUGGAACUCUUCACCAUGUUCUGUCAAAAGAUCUUCAUGUCUGUUCCUGAGGAGAGGGAGCAACGUGAGGCGGCUGAAUAA